GAAGUCUCCUCAGAAGAAACUGCUGAAAGGCCUUCUUGACAGUUAUGGCGAACCUUCAAUCCGACCUGUCCUCAAUCAUUCUCUUCCCGUAAUGGUUGAUUUAAGAGUAGAGUUCAAACGCAUGGUGUCUUUUGAACAGAGCGAGCAGCAACUAAAGGUGAUAGUCAACAUCGAGAUGCUUUGGCGAGAUGAAUAUUUGACGUGGAAUCCCGCUAAUCACAGUGGCGUCGAUAUUCUCUUUUUACCGAUAGAGAAGAUUUGGAGAUAUGACCUGACGCUGUACUCAUCAGUUGGUAGAUCACCGAUUCAGAUGGACCACAAUGUUGCUUUCGUAAGACCAGAUGGAACUGUCACGUGGUUCAGUGCCGCUGUUCUACACUCAUCCUGUUUGGUGCGGGUAAAAUAUUUUCCAUUCGACAAGCAAUACUGUCGACUGAUUGUGGCAUCUUGGACUUACGACAAUACUUCAGUGACGCUCAUACAAAAUACUGAAAAUGUAAGAAAGAAAUACUUUAUCAACAACGGUGUGUGGGACCUGUCUAGUAUCCACAAGGAGUACCAGAUAUUGAAUUGGGAAUGCUGUCCGAACGAAUGGGUAGAGGCCCAUUAUCUUCUCCUCUUCACACGCCAGUCUAGAUAUUACGUAAUCACCGUCAUUGUACCGAGUACCACACUUUCUCUGGUGUCUCUUCUAGUCUUCUUCAUGCCACCUGACUCUGAAGAGAAGGUAACCUUAGCAUCUAGCAAUCUCCUAGCCAUGCUUCUUUUCCAGGAGCUCGUGUCAACUUCGAUGCCACCGAUUGGGAAUCAAUUUCCACUCAUAGGAAGCUUUUUCGUUGCAUCCAUCGUAAUCAACACAUUUUCCAUCUUCACAUCCAUUAUGAUCAUGUACCUGCAUAACAAAGACGACAGACCAGUUCCUUCGUGGGUCCAGAAACUUGCCAUGUUGAAGACUGCAUCAAAGCAGUCCCAACCGGUUGACACUCGUCCAAAUUGGGUAAAACGGCGCCUGUCUGGUUUCAUAUCAACCAGCACCAUUUCCAAAGCUGUCCACCUGCACCACACACAAGACAGCAGCGGGCAGAACGCAAUCGGCACCAAUUUGAUAAGCUCAAGGUAUCUGGAACUCUCCUCGGUAGCAGGACUCAAGAAAAAGGCUCAAGAAGAUAAGAUGAAGGAUAAUGCUACCGAUGAAGCAAGUGAACUUUCGAAGGAAACGAAGGAGGAGAUCGUUGCACAGUGGCAGGAGUUAUCCUUGAAAGUGAACCGUAUCAUGGCGUUUCUACUCACUAGUUCGGUCAUAACGACUGCUCUGGUGAUCACCUUCUUAUACAUCGCCCAAGAGGAAGGAGACUUCCCUGAAAGAACCUGA